CAAAGUUGACGACCAUCGACAUUACAACUGUUCCUGCGACUUACGCACCCCACGACUGUUUUAAGAAGCCAAUCGAUUGUCAAUUUCACAAUGGCUGGCCCGGGCGCUCAUCCGAUUCACAUCCACCCGGCGCGCCCACUCUACCGGUUUGCCGCGACCGGGUUGGGGGCAAGCAUGUGGUUCUUCUUAAUGUACAGAGCGAAGCAAGACGGUAAUUGUGCCUCGCAGUCCCUUCGGCGAACGAUCCCUAACCUUCCCUGCAGGACCUGCGUUAUUGGGCUGGAAGCACCCUUGGGACCAUUGAACGACGAGGAUAUACAAUUAGGAGAAUGGGCAGCAUACGGUGCUUGGACAAGGACGGAUGGCCAUGUAGCAUGUUUCGACGGUGUACAAAUCAUACAAGUUAAAUGGAACACAGAUCAAACCGAGAUUUCAAUUGACGUGAAGCUUGUCUGGGCAUGAAAUUAUACGAAGAGAGAGCAUACUUGGCUAUGAUAUUUGCAAGAGUCUGUCUUAACGGUCUAUUUGUGGUUAACGUUCUCUUGUUCUGGUUCAUUGGAGAGACGGAUGCUCAUGUAGCACUCCGUUCCAUAUCCAAUGGGAACAAGAUUGUCAACAAAGAUUUUGGUUUUUGCUAAUCAUAGAUGCCGCAGCAGUACGGUCUCUGCCAUGUCACAUACAAGAUUGUGGCCAGGAAACGCUGGCAUGGGACAGGGGAAAAAGAGGCUGGA